AGGCCUACAGCAUCAUUUUCUGUAGCUGGUAUUCUUUUUUAAGUACUUCUAUGAGGAACUUUGUGUCCUUGAGAAAUACCAUACCGAUAAUGUCAUGAUUUUGAUGUCCGUGUCUCAUGUCAUAGGUCACAUUGUGGUCCUUGCAGCGGUGUGCAUCGCGCACACGCGGCUGCAAGCGUAAUCGGUUAGUACUAGACGGAUUGGAAGUCUUUUUUAGUGGCGACGAUCUCUUUCCUCAUUUUUACACUCCCAGAACAUAUCAAGUGCCCUUACGUAAGUACUUAUUUCUUUUGAGCCGAACAAUUGGAAUAUCAACAAUACGGCAACCUUUUUAACAAGUUAUUCGGGGAGGUGACUCGUCAAAGUAAUUCGCCAAAAUGCCGUUGCGGUUGGACAUCAAGAAGCGACUCUCUGCCCACAGCGACCGGGUGAAAUGCGUGGACUUUCACCCGACCGAGCCGUGGGUGCUCGGCGCUCUGUACAGCGGAAACGUCUACAUCUGGGACUAUUCCACGCAGACUUUGAUAAAACAAUUCGAGGUGUGCAACAACCUUCCCGUGCGCUGUGCUCGUUUCGUCGCCAGGAAGCAAUGGAUUGUAUCUAAGAUUGCUUUUGUUUUCAUUCUUCACGUGGUCCUCUCUAUGUUUAUGCAGCGAAACGGUCCUCGAUGAAUCAUGGCAGAAGCAUGAGGAGCUUCAGUUGCAUGAUAGUUUUCAUUUUCACUAAAAGCAGCGGCGCUAGACCGAAUUCAUGCAAUUUGUGGCCUCUUCCAGGCUGUAAUAGAUAUAGAAGUGAUCGUCGUGCGUUUCUUGAUGUGAUCAAACAACUUUUCACCAGAUAACGGCUUCCGACGAAAUGAUGAUCGGAGUGUAUAAUUACAACUCGUUGGAACGGCUCAAGAACGUCGAGGCCCACUCCGAUUAUAUCCGGUACAUUGCGGUGCACCCGACGUCGCCGUACGUUCUGUCGUGCAGUGAUGACAUGACGAUCAAGCUCUGGGACUGGGACAGGAAGUGGGACUGUGUCUCUAUUUUCGAGGGCCACGCACACUACGUCAUGAUGGUAAGUAGUACCUAAAGAAAAUGUACUUGGGCCUUGAAACAGCUUUGGAAUCCAAAAAUGUCAUGUGUUGCAGUAGCAAACUUUUCGACAUUGAUGAUAAUAAUAUGCACUUUUUGAUGAUGAAAAUAGGAUUCAUCUUAGUGUCCUUCAUUCGUUUUCGUUCACAGAGCUUUCGCUACUUUCAACGAUGCAGACACAAAGUAAGGUUGUAAAAUUGUGCUAAUUUUCAGGUCCAGUGGAAUCCAAAGGAUGGGCACAUUUUCGCAAGCGCAUCGUUGGAUCGCACCAUCAAAGUUUGGGGGACCACAGGGGGCACGGCGCCACACUUUACCCUCAGUGGGCACACAAAAGGCAUCAAUUGCCUGGAUUACAGUCCAACGGGAGAUAAGCCAUACCUCGUCUCUGGGGCUGACGACAAAACUGUCAGGUACUUGAUGUAGCGCAGCGGCGUAUGCUUCUCUGAUUACUACUAUACAUUUGUUAUUUUUAUGUUUAUCUGCGAAGGAACCCACGUCCAGAAGCAGAACAGUUCAAACUUGUCCCGGAAACAAACAAACCCGUCAAUGGUCUAUCUGCAAUUGAUGCUUUCUCGCAACCCAAAAAAACAGGGUGUGGGACUACCAGACGAAGCAGUGUGUGCAGGUUUUGAGCGGUCACCAGCACAACGUGGGCACAGUGAUGUUCCACCCUACUUUUCCUAUCAUCUUUAGUGGCUCCGAGGACGGCACGGUCCGGCUCUGGCACAGCAGCACCUACCGCCUCGAGGCGACGUUAAAUUACCUUUUGGAGCGGGCCUGGUCGCUGAACUCGCUGAAGGGCAGUAACAACGUCGCCAUUGGGUACGACUUGGGCACCAUCGUGAUCAAGCUCGGCAGCGACCAGCCCGUCGUGUCCAUGACCAGCAACGGGAAGAUUGUCUGGGCCAAGGGGCACGAGAUCCAGACCGCGAACGUGAAGCUCGCUCAGCAGGAGGAUACCAGCGACGGGGAGCGGCUGAAUCUCGCCGUGAAAGACAUGGGUGCGGCGGAGAUCUUCCCGCAAUCCCUGGUGCAUAACCCGAACAGCCGGCUGCUUGUCAUCGUCGGUGACGGAGAGUACGUCGUCUACACGGCCCAGGCCCUGCGAAACAAGGCUUUCGGGGCCUGCACGGAGUUCGUCUGGAGUUGGGACGGCAACGCGUACGCGACCAACGACGCGAUUGGCAAAAUCACCGUCUUCCACGACUUCGUGGAGAAGUUUUCCUUCAAGCCUCCUUUCCAAGUGGAGGAAAUAUUCGGCGGCAGGCUACUCGGUAUCUAUGCAGGAGCUCCUCACUGAUUUUCUUUUUCACUGGAAACAAGUUCAAAUGUUGCGCGUCUGUCGGCCUUGCGUAGCGUGGGUUGUUCACACAGACAUUGAUGCUGGCUCCUCCUCACCGGGGGCAGGGAUUUGAGGACAAGUGAAAUAAAUGUGUAAAACUACAAACCGCUCUAGGUAUCAAGUCGUCGGAGUACAUCUGUUUCUACGACUGGCAGCAAUUCAAGUUGAUUCGCCGAAUCGACAUAGGACCUAAGUUCGUGUACUGGAACGAAGCCGGCACGUACGUCGCCCUGGUCUGCAACGAUUCCUCUUUCGUCCUAUCCCACAGCAACGAAGCCAUAGCGACGGGCACCGCGGACGAGGAUGGUACAGAAACAUACAGUCUUCGUCUAUAAUUAAAAAAACAAGUUCAGAUCUUCAGUUUUGCUUCACGCGGUUGUUGCGGAGAGCCUUUUGUUUUCUUUGAGUUCCGGCCGCAGGAGUGAUCGAAAUUGAAAUGUUGCACAGGUAUCGAGGCCGCCUUUGACUUUCACAGCGAGAUCGGUGACAAGAUCACGAGCGGCCUCUGGAUAGGAGAGACGUUUGUCUACGUAAACGCGGGGCAGCGGCUGCAGAUGGUGGUCAGUGGAAGGCAGGAAAACAUCGCGCAUUUGGAUAAGUCCUACUUCAUGCUUGGCUACCUAGCCGAAAACAGUCGGGUGUAUUUGCUGGACCGAGACAGAAACGUGAUCUCCUACAGCAUCCCGGCCGCUCUCAUCGCGUACCAGAGUUGCAUCAUCAAUAAGGACUUCGACGGCAGCCAGAAAUACUUCCUGCAGCUUCCCGAAAGCUACCACACCAAGGUCGCAAGGUUUCUGCAGCACCAGGGUUAUCCUGAGGAGGCACUGAAGGUAAUAUCUCUUUGCGGCCAUGUUUUUCGAUGAUAAUUAAGUAAGCUAAUUCGCGACGCCGAACUAGUUGCUGCACCACAUGGGAAGGAGCUAUUGCUACUCGCCACUUCGUUAUUUUUUUCCUGGUUCAUCUGAAUGAUUCGUUGCAAAGAGAGACGGACGAUAGGCAUACCUUAAAACAAGACGACCCCGGCCGCUGGAUCUUCUUCAGGUUUCCAAAGACCGAGACCACCAGUUGGAUUUGGCCCUGGAACUUGGCAAAUUGCACUUCGCCCGCGACGUGAUUGCAGCGUCCCAGUUGGAAUCCACCAGUACGGAGACCGCCAUUAAGGGUAAGUGGAAGUCACUCGGGGACACCGCUCUAGAAAACGGCGACUUCGAACUGGCGACCGAAUGCUUCCAGAAGAGCAAAGACCUCUCUGCGUUGCUCCUCAUCCAGAGUUCCAGUGGUAAGACAUGCUUUUGCUAUACUUUUACUUAAUUUUUUUCAUCAACUUUCGACGCUUUUUUUAGCGUUUCAACUUGAUUGAUAGAAAGAUCACUGUCACUGUGUCCAUUGUAGCUAGAAAUUUUCAACUGUCUGUACAAUAUGUUCAUGUUGUAGUUGCCGAAGCGAUUUGCGACUCUUUUCGCAAAAGUCGGAAAGUACGCGCUCCGUUUUCUGUUCUACUUUUUUCUGUAAUGUUUUUCUUGAUACUACCCUAGGCGACGCGGCUGGGUUGAGAGCAACUGCAGCGGAGGCUCGGGCAACAGGAAAGGCAAACAUUGCCUUUCUUGCCAACAUGCUCUUGCAGGAUAUCGACGCCUGCCUCGAGAUUUUCCUGGAGACCAACCGCCUGCCUGACGCAGCCUUCUUCGCGCGCACGUACUGCCCCUCGAAAAUACCCGAAGUCGUGUCACUCUGGAAAGAAGGUAAAAUCUAGUGGUUCCUGGAGGUGUUGACGUUGAGCCAUUGAUACUCCUCGCACAGCAUUGGUUAAUACCCGUCUUUGUGAUGCUCUUCUUUUGAAUUUAGUUUAGUACAUGCCAAAAUCAAAAUAUAUCAUAGCUGCAUGCAAGAAUCAAAUGGAUGCAGGUGAAGCUGAGUAAAAAAUUCAGGGAUCGCAACAUGAUAGAUUGAUUCUUGAUUUGAAACAACAGACCUGCGCACGGUAAACGAGAAGCUUUCCGCCUCCAUUGCGCACCCGGAGGAGUUUCCCGAUCUGUUUCCAGAGUAUGCGCACCAGAAAACGGCGGAGCAAAUAUUGCGGAAAGUCCCGUUUUCCACGCUGCCAGCCAGCCAAUACACGAGCGUAAAGGAGAAAACGAAAGACAUAAACGUCCUGGACCAGAUUGCCAAGCAGGGCGGUGCCACCUUCGCCAAAGCCUGGUCUGAAGACAUACUCGGGUUAAAACCCACAACGCCCUCAGCAGCAGCAGCGAAACCGGCUCCGAUAACGACGAACGGAACGUCCUCCUCUUCAUCCACAGCGACAAAGGCAGCUCCCACACCCAAGGCCUCAAAAGAUGGAGCUGCACCUACUACAGGAGCACCCGCACCUUCCGGUACAACUGCAGCGACGCCCACGGCAGCGGCGGCGCGAGUAUCCUCCUCAAGCACGACACCUACGGCCGGCGCGGCAACCUCCUCGUCCAAAAACAGCACAUCUGGUGGAACAACCGGCGUACUACCGCCAACAACCGCGACGCCGACAAGCGCAGGAGGUGGAACCGCAAGCGCUACCGUCAGUACUACACCGGCACCAGUAGUUCUAGCAGACACGACGAAACAAGAUUUCAAACCGCCUACGCGGGCAUCCGGGGAUAAGAAGUCGGAAUCCCCGAGUACCGACUCAAAGGAGGGGAGCUACGAGAUCAUACAAGACAGCGGUGACAUGCCAAACGAGCCCUAGCGCUUCGACAAUCCUUCUCGUCAGUUGUCCGGUUCGAAGCGCACUUGAUUUUUCUCGAGAUCGAGUACUAGCAGCUCACCACGCUGAUGAAGAAAGAUUGGAAAGUAGUUAUUUUUGUCGCUCGCGAAUUUUAUUUCUGCGAUUUCCUAGAAAGAAAAUUGGCUCGUGGGCUAAUGACGUGUGACGAGUGUCAUUUUUCCGAAGCGAGAAACCCUCGUGUCAAAAAAAACACUAUACAUGAACAUGGGUUCUUGGAAAAAAACGUAUUCCUUACGACCCACCCGGAAAAGUGAGAACUAGAAGAAGCAUGAACAUUCCCCUCUUCAUAGGGUUUGUGUAAUGUAGCAAAACUGUGAGAAAACAAAAGCGACAUCAAAAACAGAAAAACG